CUCCACCUCCGACGCCCCCCAGCGAAGCCACCUCAGGGCAGAAACGGGAAGGAAGUGCUCGACGGCUCUUGCCGCAGAAGCGGGAGAAGGCGGAGAGGGGAGAAGAGAGCAGGCCCCUCCCCUUGGCGGCUGCUCGGGGCUCAACGGCGGGGCAGAAGAGGCGCGCCUGUCGCGGGCGACGGACGGGGAGUCCGGCAUGGCAGCCACCCGAGAAGAACAUCCUGGUGCAUGUGAUGUGCUGAUUGUAUAUGGGAAUGAUGCUGAUGAAUGGUGCCAUUACCUUCAGAGCCUCUUCCACUCAUGCUAUGAAGUCCAAAGCUAUCAGAUGGAGUGUGGGACAGUUAUUUCCAUGGAGAAGCUUGACCUCUUCAAACACAGCAAAUGUAUUGUUAUUCUACUAUCAUCUGAUCUGGUACAGAACUUCUAUAUUCCUGCUGUCCUUCAGAGCCUGCAGAAUGUUCUUCAGCCACCACACAAAGUGGUGAAGCUGUUCUGUGGUGUUUCGGAAUGUGAGACUUACAAAGAGUUUUUCAAAGACUGGCCCCAAUGGAAGCACCUUACCUAUGAUGAUGACUCUGAUGCCUACAUAGCAGCUGUCAUGAAGACCAUUUCUGAAGGAGAUUCUGGGUGUGACUCCGUUACCGACGCAGAAGUGGAAGAUGACAGAGACCUCUCUGAUUCGUGCAAUAUUACAAUGAGUCGGCAGCAUGAAAAAAGACUAGGAAAGCUGGUUGCAGUGCAGCCGGAUCGCAUACGAUGUGGGGUACAGACAAUAGUUUACAUCAUCUUGAAAUGUAAGCUGGAUAGCAAAGUAAAAAUGGAAGUGGAACUUUACUCUGACAGCUGUCAGCCAGUGCGAGUACAGGCCAGGAUGGAGAAUGAGUACACGGUCUCAAUUUGCACACCUGAAUUGCCACCUGGAACUGUAUGCCUACGGUUGUUUUCUGGUGAUUUAGUGAUAGUUGAAACAAGCAUCAGCUAUUACACUGAUAUGGAGGAAAUUGGUGACUUGCUGACUGCAUCUGCAAAUCCAGUGGAAUUCAUGUGUCAGGCAUUUAAAAUAGUACCUUACAGCACAGAAGCUCUGGACAAAAUUCUGACUGAAUCAUUGAAAAAGAACCUUCCAGCAUGUGGUUUGCACCUUUUUGGAAUCAACCAACUCGAGGAAGAAAACAUUACUAGCCAGCGGGAUGAAGAACUGCCAACAUUACUACAUUUUUCUGCAAAAUAUGGGCUGAAAAAACUCACUGCCCUUCUGCUUACAUGCCCAGGAGCCUUACAAGCCUAUAGUGUUGCCAACAAGCAUGGCUGGUAUCCAAACAACCUUGCAGAGAAACACGGAUUCAAAGAUCUCCGGCAAUUUAUUGAUGAAUAUGUGGAGACUGCAGACAUGCUGAAAAGUCACAUAAAAGAAGAGCUGAUGCAGGGUAAGGAAGGUGACUCUGUUUAUGAGUCCAUGGCUCACCUCUCCACCGAUCUGCUGAUGAAGUGUUCGCUGAAUCCUGGCUGCGAUGAGGAACUCUAUGAAUCCAUGGCUGGCCUGGUUCCCAGUGCCACAGAGGAUCUGUAUGUAGAAAUGCUUCAGUCAGAUGCUAAUAACCCCUUUCCACAGACAACAAAGGACUACAUGAUGCGCAAGUUCUUAGAAGGUGUUAGUGCUGAUGUGCCAGAUCCAAAAGAGGAUAUAUAUCAUAAAUGUGAAGAUGAAGAAGUUUACCACACUGUGGAGCAGGACAAUUACCCUCAGGAGCUGGUUAACAGACCACCUGUUCCUGUUCCAAGACCCGAUCCCUCCUUGAAACAACAGGACAAGCAAUCAUAUAUUUAUAAAGUAUUUGCAGAAAAAAAUCAAGAGAGACCAGGGAAUCUUUAUGUAUCUGCUGGGACAAUUAGGAAAGAGGUAGUACAUCAUACAUCCUCUAACCAGUCAUCUUCGAGUAGUAUAUAUGAUCCAUUUGCUGGGAUGAAAACCCCUGGCCAAAGGUUUUUAAUAACCUUACAGGAGCAAGUGAAGCUGGGAAUGCUUUCUGUAGAUGAAGCUGUUCUGCGUUUCAAGGAAUGGCAAUUAAACCAGAAAAGGAGAUCAGAAUCAUUUCGCUUCCAGCAGGAAAACCUACAAAGAUUGCGAGAGAGCAUCACUAGACGACAAGUAGAGAAGCAAAAGGCUGGCAAACCUGGAGAUUUGGAAAUCACUGUACCAGCUGGACAUUCCCAAAAUACCCCUAAUAAACCAGAAUGUGGUAUAUAUGAAUUUAGCCCUCGGAAAAAUUUCAUCCCACCAAGUAAAGGGAUAAAGCGAGGGGAUUGGAAAACAGAAAGCGCAUCAAGCACUGCAAGUAGUUCAAGUAACCGCUCCAGUACACGAAGUAUACUGAGUGUCAGUAGUGGGAUGGAUGGAGACAAUGAGGAUAAUGAAUUCCCAGAGGUGAAGAGAAAUUUCCUUCCUGGGACUCAGCAAACCAACAGGCAAUCCUCCUUGACACCUGGAAGGCCUCCAAGAAUACCUCCUCGAGUUGCUAGCAGGCCUCUCAGCGCUGACAAUUUCCACGCUCCACCGGUGCCCCCCAGAGGUCGUGAAAUGCCACGCUAAAUCUUCAUUUCAUACAACUUGAAUGUAGGAAAGUAUGACUUGGAUUCAUAAGGAUGGCAUUUGAGUGACUGAUACAACUCUCUUCAGCAUCAGAUCUCUUUUCCCUCAGUGAAAUGAAUAACUUUGGCACAGCCAAUGGCUUAAAACAGAGCCAAGGUUGAAAGGAGAAAAAAAACCUGGAGACUGCAAACAGAAGUGGCUUUUCAGUACGUUAUAGUGCAUGCACACAAAUCAUACCAAUGUAACUUAAUAGAAACUGUAUUCACUUUUCCAAGCAAUGCCAGACCAAAGGUGCCUUGAUUAUUUUCUGAACAAUGCCUUUCAUAAUAAAAAUGGCAUACACACACACACACACACACACACACACACACACAAAAGCACAAAAGCAUAAAAUCUUUUUGGUACAUCUACAAAUGAGACAUAAAACUGUAUUGUAAAAAACCUGGAAUUUUCAUGAUGGAGUGACAGAUCUCCAUAAAUUGACAGAUUACUGUGUCUUGAACAUGAGCAAAUCAAUUAAAAUCUUCCUAAAUGUUUUAAACAAUGAUUCUGAGGCCCCAUCUACACUGCCAUAUAACUAAGUUUCUGAAUCCAUAUUAUCUGCUUUGAACUGGAUUAUAUGGCAGUGUAGACUCAUAUAAUUCAGUUCAACAAAAACAAUCUGCAUUUAGAAACUGGAUUAUAAGACAGUGUAGAUCCAGCCUAAAUGUCAGAUUGCUAAACUGAUACAGCAACAUUGAGCAGUGUUUUCUAGGAUACGUUCUACAUAUGAACAAAUAAAAUCCAUGGGUUUUCCAUAAAUUGACAGAUGACUUAAAGGCACAUUUCCACACAAACAUCCCAAAAAUGGUUUACAAUAUGAAUUUUUGGCACUUGGUAUAUUAAAAACAGGCACCUAUGCUAAAGUAGGAGCCCCGGUGGCGAAGUGUGUUAAAGCACUGAGCUGCUGAACUUGCAGACCAAAAGGUCGCAGGUUCAAAUCCCGGGAGUGGAACCGGCUCUUUGGCUUAGAAAUGGAGAUGAGCACCAACCCCCAGAGUCAGACAUGACUGGACUUAACGUCAGGAGAAACCUUUACCUUUUAUGCUAAAAUAAUUUUACAAAAGAGAGAAAUAAUUUGGAAAAAAAUAUGCAGGUCAUUCUCAAGGUCACAUCUCAUUCCCUGGAGGAUUGGGACCCCUUCCACACAGCUGUAUAAAAUCCACAUUGAACUGGAUUAUAUGGCAGUGUAGGCUCAGAUAACCCAAUUCAAAGCAAAUACUGUGGAUUAUCUGCCUUGAUAUUGAGUUAUAUAGCUGUGUGGAAAAGCCCUUAGAAGAACUCUCACAUCUCCGAAAAUAUAAAGUGAUCUGGACAUACUAUUGUGCUAUCAGACAAAUGGCAAUGGAAGUCUACUUUUGAUAUAAUCAAAUGAGCAACAAAAACAUGAGGAAUUAAUCAUUCCGAACAGCUACUUUAAGCUUAUACAGUAGAGUCUCACUUAUCCAACAUAACCAGCAGAACAUUGGAUAAGCAAAAAUGUUGGAUAAUAAGGAGGGAUUAAAGAAAAGCCUAUUAAACGUCAAAUUACGCUAUGAUUUUACAAAUUAAGCACCAAAACAUGUUUUACAACAAGCAGUUCAACACAUAACAUUAUGUAAUAAUUACUGUAUUUACAAAUUCAGCACCAAAACUUCGCAAUGUAUUGAAAAAUUGACUACAAAAACAUUGACUACUAAAAGGCAAACUGCGUUGGAUAAUACAGAAUGUCGGAUAAGUGAAGGUUGGAUAAGCGAGACUCUACUUUACAUAUUUAUUAUCUACCUCCUGUCCUAUAAAGCACUGCUUCUUGAACUGUGGGGUCAUGAAACAUUUGGCAACAGUAAAAGUUUUCUGAGCUGUUUUAAACUUUUAAAUAAAUCUGUUGUGCAGGAAAAUCAACCUGGUUAGCAAGUCUUGCAAAUACCGAUUUGUUAUCUUUAAAUGUUGAUUUUAGACAGAUUUUAAAUACCUAUGUACCUGGGGGGUCAUGUGAAAAUUUCUCAAGCAGGAAGGGAUCCUGAGUGGAAAAGUUUAAGAAGCCCUGCUAUAAAGUAAUACAUAGAAUGUCCAAAUUAGAUUAUUAUUACUAUUAUUGUAGCAGUUUGUUUAUAACUUUUUGCACUGUCUUAUAAGCAUGAAGGGUCAGUUUUAUGUCAGCCUUCUAAUGGUUUCCUGAAUGCCAGAGAAGUCUCUUCUGGUUAUACCCCUUUGUUGGUUCUCAUUUUGCCACUAGCAGUUACCAGCUAUCACUGUUACAGUACAUCCUAUUGCAAGAUAUUAUUUCAUCAGAGAAAAAGGAGGCUAUUAUCUGCUUUACUUCCACACACACCAAUGAACUGACUCUCCUCUGCAUCAGACUCAUUCACUUGGACCGUAUGACAGCUGUAGACUGCAGUGUAAAAAUGAAAGAUAUCCAGAGAGCAGAACGAUAUAUCAAGACACUCACAAAUCCCAGACAUUUCUGUGUAUGUCCUCUGAUGCGCAGUAUCCAUUUCAGUCAUAAGAAUGUGGGAAAAGUCUACCUUUAGUAUGCUGUUCAUUUUUCCUCCAGCACUCACAAAUGACAGAUGGAGGGGGGUAUGUCAUGCUGUAGGGCAAAGAUGCCAAGCUUUUGGGAUCGAGGACCAUUUUUCCAGCUCCAGGAUUGUUUACAAGCCACAGCUGAGCCUUGAAACAAUACAGAAUAUGACCAAUUUAAUGAUACCCCCUUGUGAACAGGAUUUUUAAUGUCUUUGCUAAAACAGAGUUAAAGGUUGAAUCUUCUCAAUAGCUCAAGAGGUUGUUUUUUUAAAAAAAGAAAUGCAAUUUGUAUUAUGUUUCCUUUGUGUAGGCGACACUAGAGUAUUAUAAAUGCAGCCAUCUUCCUUGAAUAUGUGCUUGACACCCUACAGAAUAUGUGAUUGCUCAGAAUUGGAAUUAUCUGCCUGGUCAUUCUGUAUAAUUCUAUAUUAUUAUGUUUAUAUUUGUAAAAUUAAAAUAUUUACACUGUA